CCCCCAUGGGCCCAGGACCCCGUGAUGCCUCACCUGCGAUGGCAAGGAGCGCCAAGAAGAGGGCGGCCGCCUUCGGAGACAUCCUGAGCGGUGCAGGAGAGGCUCCCCUGUGCUGCUGCCUCCUGUAGGACCUGCUGAGCCGGGCAGCGCCGCCCGCUAUUUAUGCUCCCCGAGCAGCCUCGCCGCUUCCACGCAGGCCUGCGCCACGGGCCCCGGGCUUGGACUUUAGCAAGGUCGCGACGUGGAAGCGCCUGACGUGUGCGCGGCGCUGAUAGCACCCGCGGCUCUGCCAGCCCUCUGGCGGGGUGCCAGGGGCCAGCGCUGCCAGGACGUGUGGGCAAGGCCAGCGAGGGGACGGGGGGAGCACGGGGACCUGGGGCUGAGACCCUCCUGGGACGGGGAGGCUGGGGCAGAGGGGACAGCACUCCAGAGUGGAGGCUGGCGGGGAUGUGCGGUGCUGGGGCGCAGCACAGGGGUGGCAGGGGCAGGGAGCAGCCGGGCACCGGCGAUGCUGAGGUCCAGAGAGCCAAGGCCAAGGCCCUGCGCCGCUCCCGGCCUGAGCACCUCGGGGUGCCCGGGGCUGGGGACGCAGCCUGGGCACUGCCAGCAGCCCCCCCGGGGUCACAACCCCCUGAGCAGAGCCAGCCCUGCGUUACCCCACGCCAGGCGCGGGUGCCACUGGAUGUCACCCUUGUGCUGUGCGAGCCCACGCCAGCCCCGGGCCUGUCCCCACGGCCAGCCUCACCCCGGUGUGUGCACACGUGUGUGCACAUGCACAUGCACAGCCCCCAGCCAGCCCCUGCAGCCUUGGCCCCCAGUGCUGGGGGAUUUCUCAACUCGGGGCGGGGGGAGAAAAACCCAUCCAGAGCAAACCUGGCAGCGGGAAAGGGCUCUGGGAACGCACCCCCUCCCCGCGGCCACUCCGCUGCUGACCUUUGCACAAGCACCCUCGGAGGCGGCUGUUGGGGAGGGUAUAAAGUGGGAGGCCGGGGCUGCCCCCGCGGAGCAGAGCCCCAGCGCAGCACGGCCAGCCAUGAAGGUCUCAGUCCUGCUCCUGCUCGUCUGCGUGGCCGUCCUGGCGGUGGGAGCACGGGCCGACACGCCCGAUGACACGGACACGGUGGUGAGGAAAGUGCAGGAGUACGUCAAGCAAGCCACCGACGUGGUCAAGUCGGUCUUCACCACGGUGCAGGAGUCAGAGGCAGCUCAGCAAGCCAGGAAAUGGCUGUCGGACAACGCCGACGUGGUGAAGCAGCAGCUGGCCCGGCUGAAGGAGCAGCUCUCGGAGUUCUGGAAGCUGACGCCGGGCGCGUAGCCCCGCCGCGGGCUGGCGGGGGGCGGCCGGGUGCGGGUCCCACCUGGCCACCGGCCCCAGCUCCCCCACGGAGCGACGCGUCCCCUUCGUGGCGGUUCUUGUAAUAAAGUGGAGCUGAAGCGAG